UUUAUUUUUUGCGACAGUGGAUCAAUUGCACUACAACGAUUGGAAGUAAAAAACUAAAAUCUCUAAAGUCCGAGGAACCCUAAAAGCAUCUUAACCGAGGAAAAAAAACCAUCGAAGCUGAAGACAACGAGGCAUCCCCGGCAAAAAAGAUAACAAAAAAUCCAAAACAAAUACAUUUCAGCUGAAGAACUUAACCUGAUUCUGGCUCGGAAUGAGUCUUCUAUCAUUUGCUGUCCUUUUUGGGACGGCAAUCACGGUGUUCAGCGAAAAGCACUCUCUCGCUUACAUCUACACGGCCUUUUCCAACCCUGUGGAUCUGCCAGGGUUUCAUGAGUUCACUGCCAUGGGUUUACUGGACAACCGAAUGAUUGACUACUAUGACAGUGACAACCAAAUAAAAGUUCCCAAACAGGACUGGAUGAAAAAGCAUCUUGAACCAGAGUACUGGGAGAAAGGCACCCAGUCCAGAAAGAGCAAGCAGCAAUGGUUCAAGGUCAACAUUGACAUAUUGAUGAAACGAAUGAGACAGAAUGACACAGACACCCAUAUUCUUCAGUGGAUGCAUGGCUGUGAGGGUGAAACUCAGUCUGAUGGGACGAUGCAGUUUGUCCGUGGGAUGGACAUGUACAACUAUGAUGGAAACGACUUUCUGUCCUUUGACGAUGACAGACAGGUUUGGGUUGCUCCCAUUCAUGCAGCAGAAGAAACCAAGAGGAAGUGGGAUGAGGUCCAGGUGCUGAAGGAAUACACCAAGGGCUACCUGGAGAAGGAGUGCAUGGAAUGGAUGAGCAAGUUUAGAGACUUUGGGAAAGAGCAGCUUCAAAGAGCCACUCAACCUACAGUGCAUUUGUUCACUCGUAAGGCCAAAGUCGAGACGAACGCCAUUUUGACAUGUCUGGCUACGGGCUUCUAUCCAAAAGACAUCAUUCUGCAUAUCAAAAGAAAUGGCCGGAUCCUUACUAAGGAGGACAGGGUACAGACCGAUGGAGUUCUCCCAAAUCAUGACGACACCUUUCAGAGAAGAGAUUAUGUAGAGAUCUUGAAGUCUGAUGUUGCCAAGUACACCUGUGAAGUUAAACAUCCUGCCUCUUCAAUGCACAUUGAAACGAGUUUGGAGCCCAAAGGAGAAGGAAAUUCACUCGUCAUCAUUGCUGCUAUUAUCCCUAUCGUGCUUGUAGCCAUUGGUGUACUUGCUUUCCUUAAGUUUAAGACGCACUAUCUUGAUUGCCCUAAAGGCUCAACUCAUUCAAGUCUAGGGACUGUAAGCACCUCCAGCGACCUUGAUGGCGAAAAGCAGGGCAUCAAUGGUCACGUGAUUCAAAACAACGGCACCAAUGGUCACAUGAUUCAAAACAACGGCACCAAUAGUCACAUGAUUCAAAACAACGGUACAGAAGAUAACAGCGCUACCACACCCCUCAUGAGUACAACUGAAGGAAACGCUGGUGGAGAGGGAGACAACAACAGUCAAGAAAAGCACACCCUCACCUACAUCUACACGGCCUUCUCCAAGCCAGUGAAUCUCCCAGGGUUGCAUGAGUUCACUGCUAUGGGUUUAUUGGAUAACAGUAUGAUUGACUACUAUGACAGUGAGAACCAAAUAAAAGUUCCCAAACAGGACUGGAUGGAAGAGCAUCUUGAACAAGAGUACUGGGAGAAAGGCACCCAGUCCAGAAAGAGCAAGCAGCAAUGGUUCAAGGUCAACAUCGACAUAUUGAUGAAACGAAUGAGACAGAAUGACACAAACACCCAUAUUCUCCAGUGGAUGCAUGGCUGUGAGGGUGAAACUCAGUCUGAUGGGACGAUGCAGUUUGUCCGUGGGAUGGACAUGUACAACUAUGAUGGAAACGACUUUCUGUCCUUUGACGAUGACAGACAGGUUUGGGUUGCUCCCAUUCAUGCAGCAGAAGAAACCAAGAGGAAGUGGGAUGAGGUCCAGGUGCUGAAGGAAUACACCAAAGGCUACCUGGAGAAGGAGUGCAUGGAAUGGAUGAGCAAGUUUAGAGACUUUGGGAAAGAGCAGCUUCUAAAAGCCAGUCCACCUACAGUGCAUUUGUUUACUCGUAAAGCCAAGUCUGAGACAAACACAAUUUUGACAUGUCUGGCUACGGGUUUCUUACCAAAGGACAUCACUCUGUUUAUCAAAAGAAAUGGACGUGUCCUGACUAAAGAGGACGGGUUGGUGACCACUGGAGUUCUCCCAAAUAAUGACAACACCUUCCAGAGAAGAGAUCAUGUAGAGAUUUUGAAGUCUGAUGUUUCCAUCUACACCUGUGAAGUUAAUCAUCGUGCCUCUAAAAUGCGUAUUGAAGAGAAAUGGAAUCACAUUAUUGUGGAAGACAAUGAGAAUAUGCCCAUUGUCAUUGGUGCUGCUGUCACUAUUGUGAUUGUGGUUGCAGCCAUUAGUGGGAUACUUAUUUACCUUAAGAAGAAGACACGCCAACUUGAAUGCAAAGAAGGCUCCAGUCAGUCAAGUCUAGGGACUGUAAGCACCUCCAGCUCCAAUGAUAGCCAAAAGAAGGAUCAACCAGUCACUGGUACAAGCACACCUAAUGAGAAGAAGCCCCUCAUUGAUAAUGGUCUAGAGUCUGUGACCACCUCCAGCACCAAUGGUGACCUUGAUAGCCAAAAGAAGGGUCAACCAGUCACUGGUACAAGCACACCUAAUGAGAAGAAGCCCCUCAUGGAUAAUGAUCUAGAGUCUGUGACCAACUCUGAGUCCGAUCAACCAGUCACCGAUAAAAACACACCUGAUGAAAAUCAAAAACUCCUUAAUAGUGAUUCAUCCUCCAAUCCAAGUCUGGAUUCUGCGAUCACCUCUGCUUCCAGUUUCACAGACUCCUCUGGAACAGAUCAACCAGUCACCGAUAAAAACACACCUGAUGAAAAUCAAAAACUCCUUAAUAGUGAUUCAUCCUCCAAUCCAAGUCUGGAUUCUGCGAUCACCUCUGCUUCCAAUUUGCCUCCGUCUUCUCCAUUUACUGAGCAACCUAUAAUUAUCCUGGAAGACCAAAAAGAGCCACCUUCGUCUCCACAACAUCCACCAAAGUUGCCUUUGGAUGAAACAAAUCUUCAGGCUAUAUUAGCAAAACUAUACAGCAAGGUUGAUAUGACAUUCUCUCCUACAAGCAACCAAAUAAAUGUGUGCAGAGACAGGAUUUUAGAAUGGAGCCUGCAUGCCUUCAGACGACGCCGUUUUGAUCCAGCAGCAAAACUGAAUGUUAUUUUUGUGGAUGAAGAGGACAACGCUGAAGGGGCAGUUUCUGAAGGUGGUCCCACACGGGAGUAUCUAAGACUGUUAAUGAGGGCCAUUCAUCAAUCUAAUGUCUUUGAGGGGCAUGAGAAUGACCGCCAUCUAGCUUUGGACACUAGUGGGCUGGAGUCAAAAAUGUACAACUGUAUUGGAAAAAUGAUAUCAGUCUGUUUGGUGCAUGGAGGCAUUGGACCACAUUUCUUCUCUCAAAGGCUGUAUGACCAGAUUUGUGGCACAUUGUCUCAACCUACCCUGGUUGAGGAAGUUGUUAACCAUUCAUUCAGACAGCAGUUGAUCAAAAUUCAGGAUACAAACACAAUCGUGGAGGCAAACGAAGCCAUUAUGCAGGCAGCAGAUACCCUGAGCACUGUUGGAGCAUUAAGGCGUGUAACUACUCUGGAAGAGAGGGAUUCCCUUGUGCAAUCUGCUGCAGACUUCUUUGUAAAUGGCCGAGUGUGCAUUGCAUUGCAACAGUUUAUGGAAGGUUUGAAGACUCUUAAUGUGCUAGACGAGAUUCAGAAAAACCCUGCAGUCUUUCAUGAAUUGUUUGUCUGUAAGGAGAAACCACUCUUGGCACGGGACCUGAACACACUUUUCCAAGUGUGUUUUUCUGUGCAAGGCAGCAAUAAAAGGAGGAUAGAAAAUCAAACCAUAUGCUACUGGAGAGACUGGUUGGUGGAUAUUGAAGAAGGAGAAUGCAGUCCCAUUACCCUUAAAAUGAUACUGGAGUUCGCUUCCGGAGCAUCCACAGUACCUCCACUGGGCUUUCCCCAUCGUCCAAAAAUUGAAUUCCUCCAUGAGGCUAACAGAGUCUUCCCAGAAGCAAAUACUUGCCUUGUAGUACUCCGCCUUCCUGUACACCCAGACUAUGAGUCUUUCACAAAGCACAUGACAGACGGGGUGCUGCAGGCACCUACUUUUGGUGUUGCAUAAUCAGCUAAGUGUAAUAAGCAGUUCUUU